AUGGGUGUUUCAGAUUUAGACAGACAGAUCGACCAAUUGAAAAGGUGCGAGUACAUCAAGGAAGCUGAAGUCAAGGCCCUGUGCUCGAAAGCCCGUGAGAUCCUCGUGGAGGAGUGCAACGUGCAGCGGGUAGAUGCGCCUGUCACAAUUUGUGGCGAUAUCCAUGGGCAGUUCUACGAUCUAGUGGAACUCUUCAAGGUAGGCGGUGAUUGCCCUGAUACGAAUUAUUUGUUCAUGGGCGACUUCGUGGAUAGAGGUUUUUACAGCGUGGAGACUUUCUUGCUGUUAUUGGCGCUGAAGGUGCGCUACCCCGACCGAAUAACGUUGAUUCGGGGCAACCAUGAGAGCCGCCAGAUAACUCAGGUUUAUGGCUUCUACGAUGAAUGCCUGCGAAAGUACGGUAGCGUAAAUGUGUGGCGCUACUGCACAGAAAUCUUCGACUAUUUGGCCCUGGCUGCCCUUAUAGAGGAUCGCGUGUUUUGCGUUCAUGGGGGACUUUCUCCAGCAAUCACAACCCUGGAUGAUGUGCGAAGUAUUGAUCGCAAGCAGGAGGUACCCCAUGAAGGUGCAAUGUGCGACCUGAUGUGGUCAGACCCAGAGGACCUAGACGGCUGGGGCCUUUCGCCUCGAGGUGCUGGUUACCUCUUCGGUGCCGACGUGGUCAAAGGGUUUAACCAGACCAACGGUAUUGAACUCAUUGGACGAGCCCACCAGCUAGUCAUGGAGGGUUACAAGUGGAUGUUCAAUGAGGCUCUUGUGACUGUUUGGUCUGCUCCAAACUACUGCUACCGGUGUGGAAAUGUGGCUGCGAUUCUAGAGUUCGACGAGAACCUGAAGCAGUCCUUCCGAAUCUUUGAGGCUGCGCCAGCAGAUGCGCGCGGUCAGCCCUCGAGAAAGCUCGUGCCGGAUUAUUUCCUGUGA